AUGCAGCAAGCAGCGAAUCCGUGCGAUUUGUCAGCCCAGCCGAUCAGCAUGGAGGAGUCCCGAACGUCGAGGAGCAAGGACAAAGUGAAGCCGGACAAGCACCAAAGAGCAGCCAUACAGAGCCUGGAAGGAGCAGAUGUGUUGCAGUUGCUUCUACAGCAGGUCUUUGAGCGUGCUUCUUCGGAUGGGGUACUUAUCGAGUCUUUCUACCUGCAGCAGCAGAUCCACUGGGAGAUCGAGAAAUACUCCAGUCCGCGUCUUUCAUCACCCCAGACAAUGAGGACCAUGAGGAAUCUGCACAAGCUCCUCUCUCGCAUGAUCUUGAAGCAGAUGAUUCACUUUGUCCGGCAUAGCCCUGUUUGUGACAGCUUCCUCGACAAUGUGCAGACACAGAUGGCUUCCUUUACGGUAGGCAAUACGAUUGACGUCAACGAUGUGAGGCUUGCCAAGUCUGUAUGGCUGUAG